AUGGAGGCGACAAUCGUCACAGUCUAUGUCGCCAUGUUUGAUAUUGAUGGGAAAAAAUCUCAUGUUGAAGAAAUUAACAACUUCCAUCAAAUCAUUCUGUUGGAAGAGAAAGGAAUGCAGUUGCUUUUUGGAAUUCGUAGCUUGUGCGUUUGCACUUUAAAUCAACAAAAUCAAGCUGUCCAUCCACUCCUUGGAUAAUAUCGGCCCAAAGCUGCUGAUAGGUGUAAGAAGUGUGAUUUAACUGCACAAAUCUCCAUGGCAAUACGAUACGGUUCGCUUCACAAACACGAACUGCAACUUGUAUUUUAGAAGCCAUUAUUUCAUUUUAAUUCUAAACAAAACAACAUUAUAAUAAUCAUAUAAAACUGUAUAAGAAAAAAACUUAUCAGAUAUUUAAAACUGGACAUAAACUUUAAUAGAAAACUUACCAGAUUCAUCCAGAUUCAAUUUUAAUAUAUCCGCACACUCCAUCUUCGAACACGGAACACAUGUAAAUUUAAAAUUUAGAUUGAAAAUCCAUUUCUAAGCUUAUGUAUGUUUGGUAUGCGGUUGGUGUGACAACAACAUCAAAAUAACAUCAUCCAAAGUGUGACAAAGAGUAAUACAAACGGAUUUUAAGCUUUAAAUUCGCGAUAAAUUUGCAAAGAUCCAUAUAAAAGGCCAAGUUACCAAGUAUUUGUAUUUCAAUUUUUCCUUGGACUUCCUACCCAAUUGGAGAUGAAAAGGUGGUAUUUCUAACGCCAAUCUUGCAUCCUAGGUAAUGAUAUAUUUAAUAUUUUCUUUGAUAUUAAAUUGUGUAAAUUAACUUUUAUAGCUCUUGACUCUUUGAGUGGCAGUACUCUCCCCUUGACGAGUAAAAUCAUUUGACGUCAGACAGAGUAAAAUAGUAAAGUAAGGCGCAUCAAGGUGCAAUGCAGCUUAACACAUUAAGUUCCGGCAGUAUCCCCUCGGGCCUUGACAAGGUGGAAUAGCUAGUCAGCUUUGGCAUGAGUCUGGAAUGCUGGGCAUGCCACCUGGCACCGCCCACCGUGGGAAACACCUGUACAUGUGAACUUGACCGAACCAAUGUCAGAAAAUUUUCAGCCAGGGUUUUGUGAAAUCAACUGUAAAUAGUGGGCACUUGGAGACUGCAUACCUUUCCCAGUGAAUUAAAUUAUGUAUCAUACAUAAAUUAUAUACAAUGGGCUAACAGUUUACUCUGGCCGACAAAACAAGACAGACCUUUCUUAUCCAAUUUUUAUCCAAAUUGAACUAAAAUUCAAUCAAUUUGUAUUUGGGCAAUUUCGAUUAGUCGCACAAAUUUUUGUAUUUAAUUAAUAUGUUUGAUGGUUUUUAUUGAGUUACUGUAUCAUACUAACAGACAAGCACACACAGACACACACAUAUACAAACACGGAUGAAAAUAUAUAACCUGGCUGAGAUAUAAUAAUACGCUGAUGAAAACAUAACCUGGAAGAGGUUAUAAUCCGUGUUGGCAAAUGUCUGGCCGCACCAGCAGCACCACUGCCAGGAAAUUUUUAACAAAAUAUCUUCACAGGAGAUCAGAUUACAUCUUGCUGAAAAUAUUUGUCAUCUUAUAUACUGCAAUGCCAUAUAAUUCACUUAUUGUUUAUAAAAGCAUUUUGCAAAUUGAGAUUAUUGUGCCGGAAAUUUGAUUUUGGAAUUAGUUGCUGGGGAGAAAAAUAUAUUUUCUAGGCUUAGUUAUAAUAAUAAUAAUGGUUUAAAGUUUGUGAGUUCACGCGCAUAUAGGUAUAUCAGUGACAUUUUCACUCGCUCCUCUGGUUUUUCAUAAAUGACUGCAAAGCCCGGUUGAAUUGCAUUCAGGACCCAACAUUUCGACACUCCAGUCUGGUGUUCUUCAUCAGGCCCAUGGGAUGACGUUAUCUGCCAACAAGAUGGAUAUAUUCUUUUGGCAAAUAAACACCGUCACUAAGUUACUAUUUCAUUUCCCCUUAUCUAAUUCUAAAGUUGAAACAGACUUUUAAGAUGACAUCAUCCCAUGGGUAUAUAAGAUCACUGAAACGUUGGGUCGUAAAUGCAAUUUGACUGAGCUUUGCAUUCAUUUAUAAAAAUCAGAGUAGCGAGCAAAACAUGAAUAAUAAUGGUUUAUUAUCUCAAUUUAUCUGUACUUAUUCAUUUCUCAUAUUUAUAUAUACUAAGUUAUGUUAAUAUCCUUUUAUAAUUAGGUAACAGAAAUGGGAAAGUAGAAGAGGUUGUUAGAGAUGUAUACCAUUAGGUUAAGAAUCCAAAUUUCAAGGCUGUGUUGAACCCGCUGUUUUAUGAAGGUCUCUUUAUCGAUGACCAAAGUGCACUGAGGGAAAAAUUUGCCGAAAAUGUAGACCUGCAGGUUGUUCGGAAUGUUUGAGAUUUUUGCAGAAAUGAAUGUGUUGGUUAGAAAUGUGGUUGUGCCAUAAUGUUUCUGGACUCUAGAUAGUUUUUGCUAUUUAAAAUUAUGUGUAAUAGCAGCCCCAUGCCAAUUGAGAAAUCUAACAGCAACACUGCAAAUGACUUAUUUGGUAAUGAAAUAUUGACAGUUGCAUAGAGAUUGAUCGAACUAUGUUUUAUCCAAGUUAACAGUUCUGCAUGGCUGUGAGGAUUGGAUCUCUUCAAUUGGAGCUAUAGCUAGCUAUGCUGGUGACGUGUUGCUCUGGGGUCUGAAGUCUGCCAUCAGUGAUGGAAAUGUCCGACAGGACUGCAUGCUGCCAGAACAUUUUGACAUAAUACUGUAUCUACGCAGGAAAUUUAUGUCAUCCGAUGUAGUGAAAUGCCAUAUAAUUUACUUAUUGUUUAGAAAAAAGCAUUUUGCAAGUUGAGAUUGUACCCUUUGCCUUGAUUAAAGUAAUGUUGGAAAUGUCUGGCAGUGCCAGCAGCAGGGAGCCGGUUGCCAGAGCAUUUUAACACAAUAUCUAGUAUGCAGGAAAAUUUUCUUUUAUUUUACAAGAAAAUUUUGUCAUCUUAUAUAUACUGGUUUACCAUAUAAUCUACUUAUUGUUUAAAAAUUCCCAAGCAUUUUACAAGUUGAGAUUGUCUUGCACCGGGAUUGAGGUCUAUCGCAGUGUGCGGACCAUACUUUUUUAAAUCUACAUGUACAUAUGCGGGAAGUUUAAAUUUGACUUACACAUGCAGGCCUGUCUGCUAUGCUGAGCAAAACCAAUAUUGACAAGAAUAGGUAUUGAAAGAAGCUCAGGACUGAUGAGUGUGUAGCUCUGGGGCAGAUCUUCUCCUGAUGGUUAACCCUAGCCUCAAACUUAAUGCAUGGAAACUUGCAACAUGCAUGUGAGUAAAAAUUUAGCCUUUGCUAGUAAAAAAACUAUUUCACCAGCAGUCGUUUGCGGAUAUGGACUUUAGUUUUAUGUGGGUAAAUGCAUGGCUUAAAUUUGCAGUUGUCAGCCAGGUAUAAAUGCAAUAAGGCCAUAAAUGCAAGAUUGAAUAAUUGAUAUUUAAGAUGGAUAAGGCCCAGGGGUGGACCGCAGGACCAUUCGUCCCAAAAAAUAUUUUAGUUGGCACAAAAUAUUUCCUCAUGAAAGAAAAAAAGAUAAUUGUAAAAUUUGGAAAGAAGGAAAAUUGAGGAAACAUUCUAACCAAUAGAAACCUAACCUGUGCUGUAUUGUAGGUAUAAUUUCAGGAAUGCAAAUACAAGUACAUCCAUUUUAAUAGUGCAGUCAGGGCUGUAUAGCCAGUCCCUUGACGAGUCGCAGCAUCUACUGUAAUUCUCCGGCCUGUCCAGCAUGGUCCCCCAGAAAAUAUUUCUAUGUUAGACUCGUUUUGUGAUAAUCUGAAAGCCACAAUUAUUGUGGGAUAUUUUAUGUCAUAGAUGAAAAAUUAUAUAGGUGUUUACGCCCCUGGUUUCUUCUCAAUUUUGAAAGAAUUACAAAAUUUGUCCUGAAGUAAACAUCCCCAUUCCUCCUGUGGGUAUGCCUCUGAGUACAAUAGUGUAUAAAUGUAUAGACUAUAGAAUGAUGUAACAAAUGUUGUGAUGGCAAAUGCAUUUUUAGCCAGACACCUGAUGGGAAGCAUGCCCGCAGAUCCCCUUAAUGCUGCCCUUUUUUUUGCAUCUAUAAUUUUACCUUAGGAUCAGACUGUCGAUGCAAGUCAUUUAAAGUAGUUUUAUGUUAUUCCUAAAAGUACUUAUAAGAUUUUUUUUCUGUUAACAUAUUCUGGAGUAUGACAUUCAGUUUGACAACUUGUUGGUGUUACACAGUUACACCAUCGAUUUAGUUAAUUUUUUAAAAAUCUUUCAAUGUUCUCUUGCGGUCUAAAAGCAAAAUAUUUUUUCCAGUUCUGGUAAGGCCCAUUAUUUUACAACCUUGAAAAUAUGAUAUUCCACCGUCAACCUGGUUUUGAAAGUGGUGUUACUGCAGAGACGACGAUUUCAGAAAGCCACCUUGCAUAUUAUUUUUUUUAAUAUACACACAAGAAAUGAUUGUACCCCAUGUAACUAUUUCGAGCGGCGAAGACGCGAGCCAUCUAGGGGUGUCCCGGGGCUUCCUCCCCUGGAAAAACGUAUACAUGCAUUGCUUGCAAAAGCAUGUGUAAAGACAUUUAUGCGAGUAGUAUGAUUUUCGUAGUCGAUUUCGAGUUUUUAGCUCAAACAUUAAGAAAAUGGGCAAAUUUAAGCCAAUAGCUACAAUUUUACCACCUUUAAAGAUCUUUAACUCAAAACCAGCUUGGAAAUUUUGCAGUUUUAAUCCAACAUAGUAAUUUAGUCGGUAGAAUGUUAAAACUCUCGAAAUUUUAACUAUCAUGCCAAAAUCAGAGGUUGGCAUAUAAAGUCUUGUUCACCAAUGUUUAGGCUAUAAGAAAAUGCCAGUUGGCAGCACAUGUAAGAAAAACUGCCACCACAGUGUGACUUUCAGAGAGUUGGCUCGUCGUCUAAUAUACAUCCUCAUGAAGAACAAAGGACACCGACUCAACUAUCACAUAAUUUCUUUUGGAAAGUCAAAAAAAUAUGUCAAAAAAAUUUCUAGUAUUAUUACAAAGCCGCCUGUUGACAGACAAGGUAAAAGAUGACUGAUUUGCACUGACUGAAAUAAGUGGGCAAUUACAACCACAAAACAGUGCAUUAUGAAAGUUCAAAUUAUAGCGUGCAUGUUCUCUACCAGAAAUCUGAUGUUAAUUGGUUAAUAUAAGUCGCUGUGUUGCUUAAAACGUGUUCUCUUAUAAGUUCGUUUAUUCGAAGUACUAGUUUAUGUUACUAGCUGGAGAGAUGAUCCGCAAACUUUCAAUUGACUUCGUAUCAAUUCCAUUAGGUCAUAACUGUUGCUUGUAGCUGCGCUCUCCUGUCCAAAAAGCUUUAAACUGAUAUCAAGUGCUUGCUGACAUGACUCUAGAGCAAAAUCGUAAUCUUGCAUUUCGUACUGAGAUUCUGCAAUGCAGUAGUAGCAUCUAGCGGAGGCUGGGUGUUCCUUUCCAUAGAGCGCCACACUAAUAUUCAGUGCUUGCUGGUGCCAAUACACAGCUGAAUCGUACUCUUUCAAGCGAUACUUUGUCACUCCAAUCAUAUAACAAGUGCGGGAAACGUCUACGUGGAUUUUCCCGUGAACAUUUUGUCUGAUACGAAGUGCUUUCUCGUACGAUUGCAGUGCCGACUCGUGAUCGUUUUUCCGAGAUUGAGUACGUCCAAUACUGUAAUAGCUCUCGGCGAUAUCCACAUGCUUGUGCCCAUAAAGCUCCGUUCUGAUGUCAAGUGCUUCAUAAUGAGAUGUCAACGCAGCGUCAUAAUUCUUCUGUACGCAUAGAAUUUCUCCAAUCUGCCAGUAUCUUUCGGCAGCAUCCGGGUGUAGCCGACCAUAUUCUUUUAUAAAAUUAUCAAGAGCGAGCUGCAGCGCUGCUGGACUCUCUUGGUUUAUUUUAACUUCCGCCAGGGUGUUUUCAACGAUGAAGAGUAGUGGUAGGUAUAGACGGUCGUUCUGCGCUUCGGCUUUGACUUCUUUCUGUAACUUGGAAAUUGGCAAAUCGAGUUUAUACAUUACCUUCUUCAUAUCAUAACAACUCGCAAUGUAGUUGAUGAGAAAAGCAAGCGCCAAAAUGAGUGGUUGAUUUAAAGCUUGUGGGUUUUCAUCCUCUUUCUCGUCAGUGCAAUCAUCUUCUUGUAUAGCUUUAAAGAAAGCAUACAAGGAUGGUCUGUUGGCGUAUUCAGUUAAAACAAUGUUCCGGUAAUAGGAAGACUUUUCUGGGUGGGGAGUAAUCAAAGCAAGAAUCUGGGAGCAUAAAACCUUAAGUACAGUAUUUUCAGGACCCAACAGAGAAAUUCCUGUUUCAAGAAUUUCGCCUCCUUUCGCUGCCGCUUUACAUCUUAGCAAGUGAAUCCCAUGGUAACACAUUCGUUUUCCCAUUGCAACUUCUGAAGUAAGGAGAGGAUUUUGCUUCUCUAUUUCGUCGGCCUCGUUUAGUAAUGUCAAUGUCGUUCCGUCAACCCAGGUUAUUUCAGUGACAGCUUUAGAAAUUAGCAAUUGGUGAACAGCUUUAAAUUUCCGCUGCUGUUUUGCCUUGGCUAUUGCUAAAUUGUAAAUUCUGUCAAACAUCCAGCCAAACUUACAGAAGAACACGGUGUCCAAAAACAGAUCCGCAUCGGAAAGAACAUCGAAAAUUGCGUCACAGACAGCUUCAUUUUGAAGACCUUCCGAGAGACUAUACACCAUAUUUUCUCUGUUGAAUUCGAAAUCGUGAAACGCGAGCAUAGAAUUUCCAGCAAGAAACUGGUUGUUUAAAUCUUCACACAACUUUACGUAAUAACUCAGGAAUCGCAUUUCUGCAUCGCAAGCAAUUUCUUUCAUAUCAACAGCUGCUUUUUCUGAACCAAAUGACCUGAUCACGGGGUGAAAGGAAAACAGCACUGGUUCGGAGGAAUUUCCUUCAAUCAAAUAUUUUCUCCUGAGCCCCAACAAAGUUUUUUUUGCGGUGUCUUCAUCUCCUCCAAUGAUCUUUACUGCAGCUUUCUCGUCGAACACUUCACUGACAAAAACUGAAAGACAAGCAAAUGCUUCUUGCUCUUCUCGAGAUAGUCUUUUGAAAUAAGACUCGAACAAGACCUUUAAACGUUGAUCAUUAGGCGCAUAUGGAUCAUCUAACAACUCUGCUACUGGUGUUGAAGAGCAGCUGAAGUGGUCAAGGAAUUGAGAUGCACUCUUCCUCUCGUCAACGAUUUGACCGCACAAAAGCUUGAUUGCCAGCGGAACGUCUCCACAAACCUCAGCCACUCUGCAGCAUUCACUUUCAUCAGCAGCGGGGAAAAGUUCUUGAACAAGCAUUUGUGACAAUUUUCUGUCUAGCGAUGCAACACUGACAGACAUGUGAUCGCCAAAUUUUCUUCCCAGCACCGAUUGAAGACUCGUCCUUGUUGUCAAUAGAAAGGACACAUUUUUGCAAUGAGAAAAGAUCUUUUCCAGUAGCUCUAAAACAUCUUGACUCGUUUCACCACUACUCUGAAAAAGGUCAUCGGCGUUAUCGAGGAUGAUGCAAAUAUUGGAAGGAAUUGCACUGAGGAGUUCGCACAGUUUUGAACGCUCUUGCCCCGUUAGAUCAGACGACGUAUAUGCAAAUGUGUUUAACAGGUCAGAGAUCAGCUCUUCCGCUGUCUUGACGCUUCUCAAGGAAAGGAAAUAAACUGGUACUCCAAGCUGUCUAAGUUGGUGUCCUACUGCAAUAGCCAAUGAGGUUUUGCCAAAACCAGGGGGUCCAGAUACAGAGACUACGUGAGCAGAUGUGGACGUCAACGCACGCGAGAUAUCUUCAACUUUUUGUUGUCGACCAAUGAAAUGGGGCGCCAUGGGAGGAAGGCAGGGUUUUUGGGCACGGACUUGUCAAACUCUGUGGUAAAAUAUAGAAAAUACUAUUACUACUGUUAAUCUGUAGGGGUUACCUGAUAGGUUAAGGGCCUAAGAGCAAAAUGCUGUGAAGCACUAGCUUGUUUCUUCCAGUUGCAAAAAAGGUGCUGGUACUCAUUGGGAGGAAACGUCCGAUGGCAUACACCUUGAAGGUACAUCAGCCACUGUACUGUUUAUAAAAACCGUCGGAACCGCCCCUCCCCCACCCCCCAAUAAUUUCCUCAACCACGAUUCGUUUUCAUAGCAAACUUGAUUAUUGGACGGGAAUUGUUCUGGCAGAGAAGAGAGUUACGAUAAAGUGUAUUUAUUUUAGUGAAAGAUUAUAAUAUCUCACGCUACAUUGGGACAUCAUGAAUUUGAGUGAAAUAUGGUACAAACGGUGUUUUGAUAGGGCAAUAUGAGUUUGAAGUAUAAUAUAUGGUUGAAUUACUCAGAUUAUGUUGGGCGUCUUAUUAAUCAAAAAAUCAAGAUUGGUUAAUUGACCACUUGCGUAAUAGACAAAAUUUUGAUCUCAACAUGUCUAGAGAAAAAUUCCAUCACAGCUUGAAAAAGCAUCACAAAAUUAGUAAUAUUCCAAAGUUUCGUUGCGAAAUGUUGUAAAAGGGUGGCAAAUAUAGCCUUGCGAAGUUUGUCGUUUUUCAGUUUUUUUUCAUUACGCAUGCGCAAGAGAAAUUGACAGACCAAUACCCUUUGGGUCUGUCAAUUUCCCGUUUGUAAUACAAAAUAACUGAAAAACGGCAAACUUUGCAAGGCUAUAUUAUCCACAUUUUACAACAUUUCGCAACAAAACUUUGGAAUAUUACUAAUUUUGUGAUGCUCUUUUAAGUUGUGAUGACAUUUUUGUCUAGGCUUGUUGAGAUCAAAAUAUUGUCUAUUACGCAAGUGGUCAAUUGAAUCGUAUUGCCUGGUUAAAUGAACCACGAAUCGAUCAGGAAUCCUUGUUAAAUUAGCCAGGAUAUUGAUCAAAUUAACGACGACUGUGGUUAAUAAGUUAACCAGGAAUUUAAAUUGACCAGUUACAUUAAGUUACCUCAAACAAUGUUAAUUUUAGGCUAACAAGGAAAUUACUAAUCGGGUUGUUUUGCGUGUAUUAUUCUCUAUAUAUUUGAUAACGGUGUACAUACCUUGAACUUCGUCUGGAAUAUAAAAUCUCUUCAGCACAUGUUGAACGUAAGAAGCUGAAACUGCCGCACCAAAUUCGCACCAUGUCGAAUUUUGAGAUUUAUCAGUUGCCCACUUUGCAAUGGAUUUACAGGACAGCCACGGUAUUCCAGAGUUCUGACAAGUUUCAUAUACGCCUUAAAACGACAAAACUGAGGUUAUCCUUGACUUUUCAGGAAAACAGCGGAUCAAACUCGAAGAUUUUCAUGUCUUAUACACGAAAGCGUUAGCCCGAGGGUGACAUGUUCAUGUUAACUUUUUGACGAGCUUUAGCUCUCCACGAGCCUCCUGUUAGAGCCUCUAGUCGGUCAUCAGAAACUUGCAGAUUCGUUCCCUGUCUGGGCCACUGGCAUCCCAAGCUCACAGGUUGUUGCAAUGACAGCCAUCUUUAAUAUUUCAAUACAUAAUGUGCUUUUGAAUAGUGUAAAUGACGCGUGUGUGGCGAAAUAUUUAUAAUACCGCGUGUCCGUAGCACGAGAGUAAUUAAUUUCUGUCAUUAAUUUUUAAUUCAAACCUAUAAAAACUGUAAAUAAUCUUUGUUUCUUCUUUGUCUUCUUUAUUUGAACAUAAAUAAGAGUUCCGAAAAUAGAAAUUUGUACGUUAUUUUGAUUUUGUGUUUAAAAUUUCUGCACUCACGUGACCGGGCGGAAUGAACUUGGGUUUCUAUUCGUCCCGAUUAAUCUUUAAUCGGUACAGUUUUUAACCAAUCAGAAUCGAGUAAAUUGACUAAAAUAAUAUUGGUUAUGAAAUUGGUUGAGUCUUUUCAUAAGUAUUUAAUUAUUCCAACUUCACAACUAUUUUCUCGGAUUUUGAAUGGAGAUUUAGAAAAUUCACUCUUGGCGACGCUUCUGACUGACAAGAUUAAAUUAGCAAACAAUUUUUGUUUAUUUUCCUGUUUUACAAAGAAAUUAUUUCGAUCGCUUGCGUUAGUAUACCUACGUUUUGCCGAUAUGUCUACUCCAACGGUUCCCGCUUUGUGCGAAUCCCUCUUUUUUUCUUGACCAUCUUGUAAACCUGUCGUUAACUGACCCACAUGGACUUUUGGAACGACCACAUUUUCACAGGGACCAACCCACGCAAAUUUCCCACGGUCGAACAAACGGAUCAAUCCCAAAUUGCAGUCAUACGUUGUGCGAUCAAAAUUCGACAAACCGUCAUGCUGUUGCUCAAGAAAGUAAACUUGUGAUGAUAUCACGACAUCACCAAGGGAAUGUGCUUCUUUCCUUACACCAUGGCAAACUCCCAGACUAACAAUAGCUUUCGGUUUAAGUUCUUGGAUUGUUUCAUAAACCAGAACGUCAUGACCUGACGAAGCGCCGGUCUUGCCGAAGUAUGGAACUUUCAAGAGCGUAACUUUAUUUCUACCGAUUUCUCCAAAACAACGGUUUUUGUCACUUUCGUCUUUCUUGCUAGGUAUUUCGACAUUGGUUAAUAUUUUUUUCGCAUCAUUAAACUCCGUAUCGUCCACUGUCAGCAAAAGAACAUCGUUAAAAUAUUUGAAUUCGGAGUCCGCGGUCGUGGUGCAUUGAUCUGAACAAAGAAAGAUGGGGACAAAUAAAAAACAUGAGAAAUAAGACAGACAGACUGAGGGACUGACGGAAGAUAGAUCUGUAUUGUAUCUGGAAUAAUCGGAAACAAAGGCAUCUGUAUAGGGAAACCACUUAAUGAUAUUAGGUGCUACUCCGAGUGACAAUCGAUAUCGAAGAAUGAGGGGAAGACUUUACUUGGCGGCGGUUGGAAAUCUAUCCCGCGAUCGUCCGUUUUCUAGUCCGAUAUACUUUCUGGUCAACUGAUGAAUCUAGACUGCGCCAUCAUCCCUUUAUGGGGGUUGGAGGGAGGGUCUGUGGGAGUCAUAGAAGUGGGGUUACAUGGCGGACGACGGGGCAACUGCGGGCACGGGAGAGGAGUCAGGAGGUGGGACAAAAGGGAUUGUGGACAUUUUAUUCAUAACUGCGUGCACAAAAACCUGGAAAAUCACUUUUUAAAUAUAUAUUAAGGUAUAGUAUUACAUAAACAACUUACCUGUGGUUUCUUUUGUCUGUGUUAAUUUUUUAUUAAUGAUAUUCAGCUCAUGUUCCAUUCCACUCAUUUUACGUUUGAUUCCACGCAUUUCAUCUUUAACGUCACUUUGAAGAAACCGACAGAAUUCACUUCUCACACGAUUGAUUUUUUCAUUCAGUUUUUCAAUUUCCUUUGUAGGAAAAUCAAAUUCUUUCAUGUUGCCAAUCCUAUCCAGAGAUGUCGGGCUACAAUUCGAACCAGUGUACGCAUCUUUGGCGUGCUGGACAUAGUCAUCGAACUUGACUUUAUUAAUUUGAGGGUUGGAUGUAUGACAAAGAGUGUUUCGCAAAAGACGAAGCUGAUCAAUGGCAAGUGCAAUUGUCUCAUUUGCAUCUCCACUUGAGCUUUUCACGGCAGUGUGGAAUGGAGCAGGGGCUGGCUUUCGUCCUUUUAAAUACAUUUCACCAAGCGUCUUUUUCUUUCCUGUGCUGUCUGGUAGCGCAAAUGUUCUUGCAUACAGAGUGGCUUGAAAUAGUGCAGUGCAGUCCCACUCCUUAAAUGAGUUGUUCGUGGGGAUUUUUGUGUUUGGAACCUCAUUGUUGUGGAGUAUAUUGCGUACAAGGGGCGAGUCAUCCCAAACUGUGGAACUCGGUGCAAUUCUGGUAUCCCACAUGUCUACAAAGAUGCUACGUAAAGCAUCUGGGAAUUCCUUUAGGACAAUCGAAGCAAACUUGAAGUAGUUCAGCUCUUCAUCAGAGUACGGCUGAAUAGACAUGUUGCCUGACUUUCUGAGUAAAAAUGACACGAAAAAAGAACAUGAAAAACUGAUACAAGGAAAAACAUUGAUGAGUCACAUGUUCACAGCAAACAGCUCUGACUUGUAAAUUUAAUGAAGGUAACUUGAAGAGUUACAGUUUACGAUGCAAUGUUUCGAAACUUCGGUAGGGUUAUGCGAUAUUGAACAAAUCAUAUCAUGAUUAUCGUCUGGGAAAUUAUCAUGAUAUUCCAUAAUAGGCGAUAUUAAAUGCAUUAAAAACAAUGGCCGCAGUUUCAAUUUUGGAUAAUAUACGGUGAAAACAUAUUUUUUAAAUAACAUAACAAUUAAGCUACAUUAGCAACUAAUAAGGUAUAUCAGUUUAUAUCUUAUUACAAAGUACAACUUGGAUUAGAAAUCCUACCAAACAAGUAAAAACCUUUUUUAUUUCAUCAUUACAUAAACCUUUGCUAUCUAGCGGCAAAGCUGCAAAUUUAUAUCUUCUAGGCAUUAAAAGAACUGUUUUCGGAUUUUGUGAAAACGUGGUACACAUGCCAAACAAUAUCACGAUAGUCAUUGACCAUAACGAUUAUUACGAUAUAUCGUCGCUUAUCUUUCUACCUUCGAUACGAUAAUCAUGAGUGAAAAUAUCUAAAUAUCGCCUGCACUCCGGUUUAGAUCUACUAGUGUCUUCAUCAGGAGUGCAUGUACACUCGAAGUUUUGCGAACUGUAACUUUUUUAAUUUACGUUCAUUAAAUGUAGAAGCCAGAGGCAUGAGCAUGGGGCCUAAUCAGUUUCGUUCAUCACCUAUUAAAUUGUUACGAGGCUUUAUUUAAGUAGUGUAGUGAAUCGUUACAACAAUCUUAAAUAACUAUCAGUUCUUAAUGUUAUGUUCGUCUUCUCGUAGUAGUUUUCCAAGAGUUCACUUCAUUUCACUUUACUCAUCAGUCUUCACUUUACUUCAAUUUACUGAUCAGUUCACUGAGAAUCCAUGCACUGAGGAAUUUACUGAGAGAUCAUCCACUGAAAGAUCAUCCAGACGAAUUUCGGUUGUGCACACCCUUUUAUACUAACGGUUGAGGGAAUCUAUGUACACGUGAUCUAGCAAGUGGUGUGAUUUGUAUCCAGCCAAUCAACGUUGAGGUUUAAAAGUGUGGGUUGGCGUUGGUAGCUCGUUCCAGCCCUCAAAUUCUGUUUAUUUAAGGCGUUGUCGCACUGGUCGAGUUGGUUCGCUGUUCCUUCGAUCAUCAUUAAAACAUGUUCACAACUUAAAAUACUUAUCAAAAUAUCAUAGUAAAAACUUCAAACUAUACCUAUGUGAACCUUAUACUUUACCUACUAAACUAAAUUUACUUACAAUUUUAUUGAACCAAGACUUUGAUGACGUAAUGUUAUCAUUACUCAACCGCGCGAAAUAUACCGAAGAACGAUUGACAGAAAGGCCCUAAGCAUGCACAUUUUCAUGUCAGAGAAGAACCCAGUGCCUUUUUUAAGGAAUUUUCACUGGGGGGAGGGGGGGGGGGGCAAAACAGGAAAAAAGGCAGAACGAAAAAUAUGAGCCGUCGAGGUUUGGCGAACGUGCGAUUCUGAAGAGAGAUUUUGUAAAGAAUUUUUUUGGGUGGGGGACGAACCUCACGCCGAAUGCGUGAGACCGUUUAGGAAGGUCCGGCGGGGUCCGGAAAAUUUUGAAAUUUAGGGUCCCACUUAUAAAGUACAUCGAAGACAUGAAUUUUUCCAGACAUUUCUACUCGGAAUUAAAUAAAUUGGAAAAGCCACCUUGAAAAAUAGGAGGAGGGGUCAGUGUCACCUUAUUUCCUUUCUGUGAUGCUGGGGGGAGGGAAUCCCAAUGUGAUUUUGAUCAGAAAUGUUGCAUUUAAAUCAUUUUAGGUUCUAUGAGACACAAUUUCCGCAUUCUCAAAAUUGCGUUGCUUUUUCAUACGAUACAGAAUAAGUCUGAGAAGAAAUAAUCAUGCCAUGAUGAUGCAUACAUGUAUUUAACAGUUAAAAAUCUAAACUAAAUCUAUUUUUCUUGGAACCAUAUCUACAACUGCUUUAACGAGAUUUCACAAAUCAAGUUCCUCCAGUAUAUCGUCUUUUUCCUCAGUCGUCUUUUUCCUCCUCCAGUAUAUCGUCUUUUUCCUCAGUCUUCCCCCCCCCCCCCAAUUUCUCUACGGAUUUAGCCUUUCUGUUUUUGUGUCGAUUUGGGGGGGGGGGGCUUUUAAUAUAACUUGAUAUUUUUAAGAAAAAAAUUUUGCAAGUAAACCUCCCAAAACAAAACAAAACGUCUCUGCGGAGGAGAGUGCUAGGAAAUAGUCGCAAGGCUUGGAAAGGCUAGCAUUUUAUAGGAUUGUUUGCAUGAAAUCUAUGACUAUUAUGAAAUACUCGAUGAAGAACAAUAUGAAUUACACACAAGAUGGCUGUGGAGGAGGCCAUGGAAAGGCAUAAUCCCAUUAUCAAGUAAAUCAACUGCAAUUCUGACAGCAAUCAUGAGCAAUUCUGCUUCGCACUUCGGGGGCAGAAAUGGCUUUACUGGGGGGGGGGGGGCAAAUUCAUUUAUAUAGUUAAAAAAGACACUGGAAGAACCAGCCUUGGACUUUGAAUUGUGCAAACACAACAGCCCACCAUGCAAGGUUAUCGUCCAUCUUUGACAAAUUGACGAGUUAUCUAUCUUGCCUAAUGGACAGAUAAUUGACAUUUUUACGCACGUCCGAAAUGAGAUAUACUUUAUCUGCGUUUUACAGCAAAAAUGCUCAUUAUCUCUCCAUUUGACGUAAUUAGUAUCUAUAAUUACCUGGGGUGCAAGCUGAACUAUUUUUAUGCUAUUUAGAUAUACUUUCGUAACAAAAUGAAACUGGCAGAGCCGGAAAGGCAGUAAGAUGUUUUUGCUUGACUUCUCUAAGGCUUUAGAUCUCAUCAACCAUACUAUUCUCCUUUAGAAGUUUCCAACAUGAAUGUGUACGUUGAUAAACUGGAUAACAAGUUUCCUUAUGGAUAGAAAACAACGGGUUAGAUUGAAAGAAUGUGUUUCUGAGUGGCGAACCGCCAAUGAUGGCAUUCCACAGGGAACAGUUUUAGGACCGACACUUAUUUGUGAUGAUUAAUGAUAUUUCGUCAUGUUGGGCUGACCGAUGGAAAUUCGUCGAUGACAGCACAGUCACAGAAGGCAAUCCGCGCAAUUGUGAUAGUAACUUACAAAAUCUUUUUAAUUAAAUCAAUGGCUGGACAAUUCAAGACAAAAUGAAACUCAACGUAUCUAAAUGUAAACAAUUAAUUGUUGAUUUUUCAAAAGAUAAACGGCUGUUUGUGCCUUUGGAUAUCGGAGGUGUCUUGGUCGAAAGGUUAGAAUCCGCUCGUGUGCUGGGAUUUAUUAUCACAGAGUAGAUACAUAUACAGAGAUGUAACUAGUGUACCCACUUUUUUUGUGCGCAUGCUCGGCAAGUUACUAGAUGCAUACAUCUGAUUGGAUGACGACUCGCUUUAACGUGCUCGCGGAACUUGCCGAGCACGCGCAGUUGAUCAUUUUCUGCACGGUCGCCUGAAAAAGGUGGGUACAUGAAAACGUAAGCAUCCGCAGUGUUUACAACGGUCAGUUACAGCUCUGUAUAUGUAUUUACUCUGUGUUAUUAUCCAAGAUGAUAUGAAAUUGAACGAGCACGUUAAUAGCAUUGUGUAGAAAGCAGAGAAAAGGUUGUACAUGUUGAGAAUAUUAAAAACGAUCAAAGCUAACGUAGAUACGUUAUUAACGGUAUAAACCACAGUAAUUAAGUGGUGCUUGAAUACGCUUCCCAGGUGUGGCAUUUUAAUAUUCCUGAAUAUUUAUGGGAGGAGAUUAAAGUCCUGCAGAGGCGUGCAUUGAGAAUAAUUGUACCUUGUUUGAGUUAUAGCAAAGCUUUGCGCUACACGAAAAUGUUAACUUUCAAGAAACGCUGUGACAAACAAUGUGAUACAUUUUUUAGAAACAACGUACCAUGCCAAUUUGAAAUUGCAAGAAUUUUUACCGAAUAGAAUUUUAACUAAUUAUGAAGUAGGAA